AAGAGGCGGGAAAUAUCAUCCGCUUCCGGAGACAUAACCGCGAAGACAGGCGUCUAACCCUUGCUAUCUCUGCUUCGCCGUAAUUCGCCAUGGGUAUCAAGGGUUUAACGAAGCUUUUAGCGGACAAUGCGCCAAAGGCCAUGAAAGAGCUGAAAUUCGAGAGCUAUUUCGGUCGGAAAAUCGCCAUUGAUGCUAGCAUGAGCAUUUACCAGUUCCUUAUUGUUGUGGGAAGAACCGGAACUGAAAUGCUUACGAAUGAGGCCGGUGAAGUUACUAGCCACUUGCAAGGGAUGUUUAAUCGAACUAUUCGCCUUCUCGAGGCUGGAAUUAAGCCUGUCUAUGUUUUUGACGGGCAACCUCCUGAGCUGAAAAAACAAGAACUAGCAAAACGUUACUCCAAGAGAGCUGAUGCAACAGAAGACCUGAGCGCUGCAAUUGAGGUGGGAAACAAGGAGGACAUUGAGAAGUAUAGUAAACGAACUGUGAAGGUGACAAAGCAGCACAAUGAAGACUGUAAGAAACUUUUAAGGCUCAUGGGGGUGCCGGUUGUCGAGGCCCCUUCUGAAGCAGAAGCACAAUGUGCUGCACUUUGCAAAGCAGGAAAGGUGUAUGCUGUGGCUUCUGAAGAUAUGGAUUCCUUGACUUUUGGAGCUCCGAGGUUUCUUCGCCACCUGAUGGAUCCAAGCUCCAGAAAGAUUCCUGUCAUGGAAUUUGAAACUGCUAAGAUUUUAGAAGAGCUUCAACUUACCAUGGAUCAGUUCAUCGACUUGUGCAUUCUGUCAGGAUGUGAUUAUUGUGACAGCAUCCGAGGUAUAGGAGGGCAGACUGCCUUGAAGCUGAUCCGCCAACAUGGAUCUAUUGAGAAUAUAGUGGAAAAUAUCAACAAAGACAGGUAUCAUAUACCUGAUGAUUGGCCAUAUGUAGAAGCGCGGCAGCUAUUCAAAGAACCUAAUGUUCUAAUUGAGGAAGAUCAACUUGAUAUCAAGUGGACGUCUCCGGAUGAAGAGGGUUUAGUUAACUUUCUAGUGAAUGAAAAUGGAUUCAACAUAGAUAGAGUAACCAAGGCCGUAGAAAAAAUUAAAUCUGCAAAGAACAAGUCAUCUCAGGGCAGGCUAGAGUCAUUUUUCAAGCCAGUUGCCAACACAUCCACGCCUGCUAAGAGAAAGGAAACUAAAUGCUUGCUCCAGCCAUUUAAACCAGCUACCAAGGGUACACUGUUCGCUGUGCAAGAUUCUGGUUUGAACACUCCCAAUGUUGGCAGCUUUAGCCUGCGGUCUCUUGUCCCGGGUUCUAAUCUUUCUGUUCAAAUGGCUGGAGCUGGCUUAGGCAGAGGAAUAUGAAUAUCAUGGAAAACCCGGAGGGUAAUGCUAAAAAAGCUUCAGAUAAAAAGACAAAGGCAAGUGGCGGGAAGAAAAAGAAGUAAAUUGUCCUCCAAAUUGCAGAGUUUGGUUCUGUCAACCGACAGUAAGAGGGAUGCAGUAACUUAGUAUGUUUUCCUGAUGUGAACAUGUGAAUAAGUUGCCGAAGCACCAUGACGUUAGUAGGCUUUUAGUUUCUGUUUUCCCCUGUUCCGUAGAUUGGACUCAGUAACGGCUUUCUCAAUGGUAGACAAUUAGUUAGGUUGGACACCAGUUCUCUUGGAACAGCUUCCUAGUUUUCUUGCCAUUGCGAUGGUAUGUAUGUUCAUGAAUUGCCAAUGUGAUUGCUUUUGGUUUCGGUA